UCCACAUUUUUAAUUUGUUCACACAGACUUGGACUUCUUCAUGCCUCCUAAAGUAAGCCUGUUAACAAUCUGCGAACAUAUCAUUAGUGUAGUGAAUACGCGAUUUUAGGAUGUUUAUAGUGGAGAUGCAUGGAAUUAAAUCAAAUCAAAUCACCUAAUACAUUACAGGACAUAUUGAUAACUCAGAUACAGUAACAGAGCUUGAAGUCGAGCGGAUCUGCCGCGUGCGUAAAAGCUGUGGCACAAUUCCAAUCGAUGCCACUGAGCUGCGGAUGAAUUGUAUGCGCUCUUAUAGAGUCAGGUGGAUUAAGACAAUGAUUUAGGGCUAUUAAAAACCCAGCGACACUAAAGGUGUUCGCCAUUCGUGGGUCGGCGUGUUUUCGUGCGUAAUUACGGAUACGACUCCCUGUGAAAACUCCUUUGUUAGAAUGCAGGACGCACGGCAGCUCAACUCUCUCUUUGGCAGAUGAAGCGAAGGAGGCGACAGGUAUGUGAAGUCCCCAUGUUCUCAGCGGUGGUCAGAGCGCACACUUUCAUCCUGUGAGUCACUGUCUCUUUUACGCACACACAAUUGAGACAAUCUAUAAAUCAGAUUGGAGGAUGUCUCUGGUGUGAUGAUUGGUCACUCACCACCUCCUGAUUUGUUCCAGUGUAAAUCAUGGAAACCAACAGGGUAGAGGUGAAUACUGUUUUCUAAAUCCGUGAACACAGAGAGGAACAAAUCUACAUCUAGACUGUGUGGGACCAUUUUCCCACUUUAUUUUUUGAAAACAACAAUGGAGACCCACUGGACUCCCCUGUCACCAGACGUCAACUCCUCUGCUGCAUCAAGCCCCUUCCUCAUUUCUUACCCGCGCCUCUUUAACAUCUCCUCCAACCUGUCCACCCAGAGCGUCCCCUUCCAGGGCAGCAGCACCCUGGUGACUGCGGUCAUCUCCCUCACGGUCUUCAUGGUGGGUCUGACCGGCAACACUCUGGCCAUCUACGUGGUGUUGCGCUAUGCCAAGAUGAAGACGGUCACCAACAUCUACAUCCUGAACUUGGCUGUGGCCGACGAGCUCUACAUCAUCGGGCUCCCCUUCCUCACCACGCAGAAUGUGCUCUCAUAUUGGCCCUUUGGUUCGUUCCUGUGCCGGGUGGUCAUGACCGCAGACUCCAUGAACCAGUUCACGUCUAUUUUCUGUCUGACGGUCAUGUCCAUUGAUCGAUACCUGGCUGUGGUCCAUCCGAUCCGCAGCACCAAGUGGAGACAUCCCCGUGUAGCCAAGGUGGUGAGCGCAGCUGUGUGGGCCGUGUCCUUUGUGGUGGUCCUACCAGUGGUCAUCUUCUCUGAUGUCCAGGAAACAUUCAACUCCUGCAACAUGAUCUGGCCCGAGCCGAAGGACGUGUGGUCGACAGCCUUCAUUCUCUACACUGCCACUGUGGGCUUCUUUGGACCAUUGCUCAUCAUUUGCCUCUGCUACCUACUUAUCGUCAUCAAGGUGAAGUCCUCGGGGGCACGGGCGGGUUUUACCAAGCGGCGCCGCUCGGAGCGCAAAGUGACGCGGAUGGUGGUGGUGAUCGUGGUGGUGUUCGUGCUUUGCUGGCUGCCGUUCUUCAUCAUCAACAUGGUCAACCUGGUCGUCAUCAUCCCAGAGUCCAGCGUCACCGCCGGCGUCUACUUUUUCGCGGUCAUCCUGUCCUACGCCAACUCCUGUGCCAACCCAGUGCUCUAUGGCUUCCUGUCAGAUAAUUUCAAACAGAGUUUCAGAAAAGUGCUUUGUGUGAAGAGUAUGAGGUGCAAGGCUAACGGCGUAGAUGAUGGCGACCCAAGUGCUCCUCGUACUGAGAAAACACACGACUGUGUCCUGCUCUCCCCUCGUAAUCAUGUCGAUCAUGAUGCCCAGACCAGCCAGAUCUCCCCUCACUCUCCAGACUGGCCUGCUUCACACACAGCAGCGGACCAGCACCACUCCACCCCCACCCACCAAGCUUCCUGCACUUACCCCGGGAUCGGACCCACAACUGGCACCACAUCAACCUCCACCGGGGCCUCCAUGGUAACCCCGGCUGAUCCUCCCACCAUCACCACCCUGACUACACCUGCAUUCUCUGCCAACACAGCCCCACAGCAACAGUAG